AUGGCAAACAUGCACUUUGGACGGACUGUUCCAGUCAAUUUCAGGCGGUUCCCUUCUUUAGUGUGCCGCAGCCUCCUUGGUAAGACUAUCAAGGUGCCGCAGGAUCUGGAGGGCCAGCUCAAUCUUCUAGUUGUGGGUUUCAGGACGUCUCACUAUAAGGCCAUGGAUUCUUGGACUCCGUUUGUACAGAAUUUAAAGAAAGAAUUGCUAGCAAAGCAUAACGCCGAUGUUGCACGCGUGCAUGCAUAUCGACUUGUUAUUAGGUACCGCGGUGAAAUUUUCUUGCGGUGGUGGACAGACGAGAGGCUCCGUUUGGCAGUAGGCACCACACAUUUGGAAGUCGAUCAUGCCAAAUCAGCUACAACCGAAGCCAAUCAGGAGCGUCAGCAUGCUUCUGGUCUCGCGGCGUCUUGUACAGUUUCUACGACAGAGCAGAGAUCUUGCGAGGGGAAUGCGGCAAGCACGGCAAACAGCAACCUUGAAGAUGUUCGUCUGUCUAGGCUACAUACAAUUUGCUCCCGAACGUUGACUUGCUUUACCGAUAAGCGCGCUUUUAUUGACUCACUGCAGCUCCCAGAUGCUCAGCGGGUCUACAUUUUUCUUGUUGAUCAGGAAGGUGGGGUAGAAUGGUGCGAGCACGAGGGUUAUUCCCCUGCCAAAGAGAAGGCAAUCCGGGAGCUUCUGCAAUUACCGGUGUUAAAUGUUCCUUCUCCUCAGCUAGCCAUAAAUGAUGUGGGGUUUCUACCUGAGUGCUCAGAGAGGCAGCUCAAAGCAUGA